GGCUGUCAGUGAGCGUGGGGCCAGCCAGCGAGCGAGAGAGCCGGAGAGAGCCAGAGAGAGCGGCUCCGCUCCCAGCUCCGAGCAGCGCAGCGCCGGCCCGGCUCUCCCCGGCCACCGCCGCCACCACCGCACCUCUGCACCGCCACCUCGGCCGCCGCCCCCGCCCACCCCGGCCCUCCCCGGCUGCUGCUCUCCGGCGGAGGCAAGAGGUGGUUGGGGGGGACCAUGGCUGACGUUUACCCGGCCAACGACUCCACGGCGUCUCAGGACGUGGCCAACCGCUUCGCCCGCAAAGGGGCGCUGAGGCAGAAGAACGUGCACGAGGUGAAGGACCACAAAUUCAUCGCCCGCUUCUUCAAGCAACCCACCUUCUGCAGCCACUGCACCGACUUCAUCUGGGGGUUUGGGAAACAAGGCUUCCAGUGCCAAGUUUGCUGUUUUGUGGUUCACAAGAGGUGCCAUGAGUUUGUCACUUUCUCUUGUCCGGGUGCAGACAAGGGGCCCGACACUGAUGACCCCAGGAGCAAGCACAAGUUCAAAAUCCACACUUAUGGAAGCCCGACCUUCUGUGACCACUGCGGGUCCCUGCUGUACGGACUUAUCCACCAAGGCAUGAAAUGUGACACCUGCGACAUGAAUGUUCACAAGCAGUGUGUGAUCAACGUCCCUAGCCUCUGUGGAAUGGAUCAUACAGAGAAGAGGGGAAGGAUUUAUCUGAAGGCCGAGGUCACUGAUGAGAAGCUCCAUGUCACAGUACGAGAUGCAAAAAAUCUAAUCCCUAUGGAUCCCAAUGGGCUUUCAGAUCCUUAUGUGAAGCUGAAACUUAUUCCUGACCCCAAGAAUGAAAGCAAACAGAAAACCAAAACCAUCCGCUCCACACUAAACCCUCAAUGGAAUGAGUCCUUCACAUUCAAAUUAAAACCUUCAGACAAAGACCGACGACUGUCUGUAGAAAUCUGGGACUGGGAUCGAACAACCCGGAAUGACUUCAUGGGUUCCCUUUCCUUUGGUGUCUCAGAGCUGAUGAAGAUGCCAGCCAGUGGAUGGUACAAGUUGCUCAACCAAGAAGAGGGUGAAUACUACAACGUGCCCAUCCCGGAAGGGGAUGAAGAAGGCAAUGUGGAACUCAGGCAGAAGUUUGAGAAAGCCAAGCUCGGCCCUGCUGGUAACAAAGUCAUCAGCCCUUCAGAAGACAGGAAGCAACCGUCCAACAACCUUGACAGAGUGAAGCUCACAGACUUCAAUUUCCUCAUGGUGCUGGGGAAGGGGAGUUUUGGGAAGGUGAUGCUCGCUGACAGGAAGGGAACAGAGGAACUGUAUGCCAUCAAAAUCCUGAAGAAGGACGUGGUGAUCCAGGACGAUGAUGUGGAGUGCACCAUGGUGGAAAAGCGGGUUCUGGCCCUGCUAGACAAGCCCCCGUUCCUGACACAGCUGCACUCCUGCUUCCAGACGGUGGACCGGCUAUACUUCGUCAUGGAAUAUGUCAACGGUGGGGACCUCAUGUACCACAUUCAGCAAGUAGGGAAAUUUAAGGAACCACAAGCAGUAUUCUACGCAGCGGAGAUCUCCAUUGGACUGUUCUUCCUGCACAAAAGAGGAAUCAUUUACAGGGAUCUGAAGCUGGACAAUGUCAUGCUGGAUUCAGAAGGACAUAUCAAGAUCGCUGAUUUUGGCAUGUGCAAGGAGCACAUGAUGGAUGGAGUCACGACUAGGACCUUCUGUGGGACUCCCGAUUACAUUGCCCCAGAGAUAAUUGCUUAUCAGCCGUAUGGAAAAUCUGUGGACUGGUGGGCGUACGGUGUGCUGCUGUAUGAGAUGCUCGCGGGGCAGCCUCCGUUUGAUGGUGAAGAUGAGGACGAACUGUUUCAGUCUAUAAUGGAGCACAAUGUGUCCUACCCCAAAUCCUUGUCCAAGGAGGCUGUCUCCAUCUGCAAAGGACUUAUGACCAAACACCCUGCCAAGCGGCUGGGCUGCGGGCCCGAGGGAGAGAGGGAUGUCAGAGAGCAUGCCUUCUUCAGGAGAAUCGACUGGGAAAAACUGGAGAACCGGGAGAUCCAGCCACCAUUCAAGCCCAAAGUGUGUGGCAAAGGAGCUGAAAACUUUGACAAGUUCUUCACACGAGGACAGCCUGUCUUAACACCACCAGAUCAGCUGGUCAUCGCUAACAUAGACCAGUCUGAUUUUGAAGGGUUCUCGUAUGUCAACCCCCAGUUUGUGCACCCAAUCUUGCAAAGUGCAGUAUGAAAUCUGAAAAUAAGAGAUCAAAUGCCUCCCCAGCCCCCAGCCUCCCCAGCAGUGGGAAAUGAUCCUUAACCUAAAAUUUUAAGGCUAUGGCCUUGUAUUUUGUUCCACACAGAGACCUGAAAAUUCUAAGGACAUUAGUCCAUAAGUGAUCAACUUUUCAGGUUCUCUCUCUCAACUUUUCAGGUUCUCUCUCUCUCUCUCUCUCUCUCUCUCUCUCUCUCUCCCCUCCCUCUUCUAUUUUACAAUGAAGAACAUUAUCUUAGUGGAUGAUGACAUAAUGUACAGAGUCCAGCUUAAUUAUGUAGAAGCACAUCUGGCUCUAAGUUAAUUCUUCCUAGAAAACAAAGAGAUUUGUACCCCCUCCCCUUUUUGGUACGAUUUGAUAUAUUCUCCAUACCCUCCAUCUUUGGAUUUUCAUCAUGAGGAUCCCUCAAUCAGAGAUAGUAAAGUGAACCUGCUCCAGCUCAAGCACUAGAAACAUCUCUACCCAAGGUGUCUUUGGAAUAAAAGAACAGGAAGCCCAAAGAGUAAGCAAUGAGAGGUUGGGGGAUAGUAGUGUCUUCAAGACCCCAUUGCUUCUAUUCUCUGCUUCAAUGGAAACAGUCCUAGAAUCUGAGAGGGCAGGAUGAACCUAAUCACCGUUCCCAAAUGUCAUAACACAUCCAUAGUGCAGCAAUGUGAGAAUGAAAGAAAACUUCAGACGAGUAUUCACUGAAUCUAUCAUCUGUGUUGCCCUACUUGGUUGAUAACUAUUUUGAUAACUCAUUCUUUUUAAGAGGCCAAAUCAUGUAAGGACAUUGCUAAACAAGCAUGUGAAAUCAUUUCAGAUCAAGGAUAAACCAUGUGUAUGUUCAUUUUAA